AUGUUUGUGCGAACGGAGACGGCGUUUGCUUACGCGCGGCUCUUCACAGUUUGCAGAGAGCGCGGUAAAUCUCAAUGCCGGACUAUCGAGCAGUUUGAGGCGUUAUCAGAUCUCGUAACGGAGAACUGGGCGUCUACGGGUGAACCCGAGUACGCGCAAUGGCUCGACGAUGAGUAUUUGACAGACCCAUGGGAUCUAUGGUUUUACGCCGCGAGCGGUACCCCUGGUGUGGUGCCAAACCAACAUCCGAUUGAAUCCCAUCACCGUGCGAUUAAGGCGACGGCAGUUGACCACCUUCGCGCUGCGACGAGCCAUGUACUUGCGGGAACACUACCCAAGAUUUUGGUUGAGUGUGCAAUGGAUAUUGGCUCGGAUCGGAUUCGGCACUACGCGUCAGGACCCGUUAGCGCUGAAGUUCUCGGGGCGGCUGUCGUUCGUGACGACAACUUGCAUGGGCUGAAGGUUAACGCACAUCGCGUCAAGACGUACAAGGCAUCGCUGGAUGGUACGCUCAACAAGGACGAGAAGGUCGAGAACAUUCAGCUUCGGUACUUGUUGCUCCACACGGUUGAAGUCCUGGACCGCGUUCCCUUCGAUCACGCCUGGGAUAACCCUUCCUGGAGUCUUGAGGAAAUCGAAGUGAUUCGAUCAAAGUUCAAGUGCGACUGCAAAGCGUUCUUCCAAUCGGGGUGGCUGUGCGCUCAUGUGUUGGCCUGCUUACAUCUGGUCGACUCGUUUGAUCUCCAAGUCAUACUACCCAGUCUACCGGCUCGGAAGCCACCUGCAAGACCUCGAAAGGAGACCAAG